GUACGCGCAGCUUCUUAUGGGAAUCGUUAGAUGCGAUUGAACUGUUUCCGGAUAUUUGUUCACAUUCAAAAACCGACACAAAUCUUCAAACCGUUUUAUCGCUCGCUUUCUUCCGAGGCUUCUGAUAAAUAUCAUUUUGUGAACGGCCACAAAAUGUCGAAGGCCCCAACCGAUAUGGCGCCAUGGCCGGCGUUCAUUGAGGAGAGAAUCAAACUUUGGGACAAGUUGAAGGCGGAAUACGACGCUGAAAUUGCUGCCAAAGAGUCUGAGCCAAUUCAGAUCACUCUUCCCGACGGAAAGAUCCACGAGGGAAAGACAUGGCGUACUACUCCAUUCGAAAUCGCCGAGAGAAUCUCCAAGGGACUCGCCGAGGCCGCCGUCAUCGCAAAAGUCAACGGAGCUGUGUGGGAUUUGGAUCGUCCAUUUGAAGGAAAUGCAAAGUUGGAGCUCUUGAAGUUUGAUGAUGAUGAGGCUAAGCAAGUUUUCUGGCACUCUUCUGCUCACGUUCUCGGAGAGGCUAUGGAGCGUUAUUGUGGAGGUCAUCUUUGCUACGGACCACCAAUCCAAGAAGGUUUCUACUAUGAUAUGUGGCAUGAGAACCGCACAAUCUGCCCUGAUGAUUUCCCGAAGAUCGAUCAAAUCGUAAAGGCCGCAGUAAAAGAUAAGCAAAAGUUCGAGCGUCUUGAAAUGACAAAAGAGGAUCUGCUGGAAAUGUUCAAGUACAAUGAGUUCAAAGUCAGAAUUAUCACGGAAAAGAUUCACACUCCAAAAACCACCGUCUAUCGAUGUGGACCCCUCAUUGACUUGUGCCGUGGCCCCCACGUCCGUCACACCGGAAAAGUCAAGGCCAUGGCAAUCACCAAGAAUUCAUCGUCUUACUGGGAGGGAAAAGCCGACGCUGAGUCCUUGCAGAGACUUUAUGGAAUCUCGUUCCCCGAUUCAAAGCAACUUAAAGAGUGGCAGAAACUUCAAGAAGAAGCCGCGAAGCGAGAUCAUCGUAAACUCGGAAAAGAACAUGAUCUCUUCUUCUUUCAUCAACUUUCUCCGGGAUCGGCGUUCUGGUAUCCGAAAGGAGCACAUAUCUACAAUAAGCUCGUCGAUUUCAUCCGAAAGCAGUACAGACGACGCGGUUUCACCGAGGUUAUCACUCCAAAUAUGUACAACAAAAAGCUCUGGGAGACUUCCGGUCAUUGGCAGCAUUAUUCGGAGGAUAUGUUCAAGAUCGAGGUGGAGAAGGAAGAGUUCGGUUUGAAGCCGAUGAACUGCCCGGGGCAUUGUCUCAUGUUCGGACACAUGCCACACACCUACAAUGAGCUUCCAUUCCGAUUCGCUGAUUUUGGAGUUUUGCACAGAAAUGAAAUGUCUGGUGCUUUGACUGGACUUACACGUGUUCGUCGCUUCCAACAAGAUGAUGCUCACAUUUUCUGUCGUCAAGAUCAAAUUUCCGAGGAGAUCAAGCAAUGCCUCGACUUCCUCGAGUACGCCUACGAGAAAGUGUUCGGCUUCACCUUCAAGCUUAACCUCUCGACACGACCAGAAGGAUUCCUUGGAAACAUCGAAACAUGGGACAAGGCCGAAGCAGAUCUCACCAAUGCGCUCAACGCUUCAGGCAGAAAAUGGGUGUUGAACCCGGGAGAUGGAGCAUUCUACGGACCGAAAAUCGAUAUCACCAUUCAAGAUGCUCUCAAGAGAAACUUCCAGUGCGCCACAAUUCAGCUUGACUUCCAACUUCCGAAUCAAUUUGAUCUUUCCUAUUUCGACGAGAAGGGAGAAAAGCAGAGACCAGUCAUGAUUCAUCGUGCUGUUCUUGGAUCAGUUGAGCGGAUGACAGCUAUUCUCACUGAAAGUUAUGGAGGAAAAUGGCCAUUCUGGCUCUCACCAAGGCAAUGUAAAAUCAUCACUGUUCACGAGUCAGUCAGAGACUAUGCAAAUGACGUCAAAAAGCAGAUCUUCGAGGCCGGAUUUGAGAUUGAGUAUGAGGAGAAUUGUGGUGACACGAUGAAUAAGCAGGUCCGAAAGGCCCAGCUUGCCCAGUUCAACUUCAUUCUCGUCAUUGGAGCCAAAGAAAAAGAGAACGGAACAGUAAAUGUGCGCACCAGGGACAACGCAGUUCGAGGAGAGGUCGCACUCGACAAGCUUAUCUCAAAGUUCAGAAGAUUUGCUGACGAGUAUGUCGCCGACACGGAAAAGUCUGAGGAAUGGGCAUAAACUUCUUGUUCGUUGAUAAUUUUAUAAUUAUAGUAUUUAUUGGUUCCCCCCACGCGCCCACGUCUUCUAAUGCAUUGAAUUCCAGUUAAUUUUUGUGUUCCCUGAUUGUUAUCCUCUUCGGUAUUGCUUUAUAUAUUUGUUUGUUUUUUAUUUUAUUUCUUCGGUUUUUCUUUUACUCCCCAUUUCCCACCAGUGUUUCUCAUGAAGUAAAACAAACCGUA